AUAAAUAUUUCAAGUGGCAACAAACAAAAAGUUGCAGUUAUAGGCAAUCAUGUCGCUGCUUAAAACUUCCACAACCACCGCCAGUAGCAGCAGCAGUAGCAACAAAUCCUUCAGCCUCCACAGCACUGCCAUCAACACAUUUACUCCAACAACAGCAAUAGCAACGAACAUGAGUAACAAGAUGGCGGUAAAAGCGCCAGCAAGCAAGACAAUUGCAACUUUUGUUGCAAGCACUGCAGCGCUCAAUACGGCAACAACUUUAACAACAACAAGCAGUACGACGAGCAAUGGCCGCACAGAAACGUUGUUAUCAAUGGCAACGGCGGCAGCAACAACAAAAACUACCACAACAACGACAACAACUAGUUUGCCUAUAACAACAUCUCAAUUUGUGACCGCAUUGGCAAACAAUGCAAACGCCUCGUUGACUUCACUGUCAUUAACAUCGUCCUCGUCGGCAGCAGCAACGGCAACAGCAGCAUCAUCGGUAGCUGCAGCAUACACAACAACAUCCUUGCCAACAUCCUCAACAUUGCUCACAGCCGUCACAACAACAGCAGAAAACCUCACACUGAACAGCAGCUUCAUCGAAUCCAUCGGCGAACCAGAGAUGGUCGAGGAUUCUUGGCUGGAUCUCUCACUGCUUAUACUAAAAGCAUUUAUAUUCUCGUCAAUUAUUUUGGCUGCCGUGCUGGGCAACGCUUUGGUUAUCAUUUCGGUGCAACGUAAUCGAAAAUUGCGCGUUAUAACAAAUUACUUUGUUGUUUCCCUCGCAAUGGCCGACAUGCUAGUCGCUCUUUGCGCCAUGACUUUCAAUGCGUCCGUGGAGCUAUCCGGCGGCAAGUGGAUGUUCGGACGGUUCAUGUGCAAUGUCUAUAACAGUUUGGAUGUAUACUUUUCGACGGCAAGCAUUUUGCAUUUGUGUUGCAUAUCGGUGGACAGAUACUACGCAAUUGUGCGUCCGUUGGAGUAUCCUCUGAAUAUGACGCACAAAACGGUAUGCUUCAUGCUCGCCAACGUCUGGAUACUGCCCGCACUCAUCUCAUUCACGCCAAUCUUUCUGGGCUGGUACACAACGGCCGAGCAUUUGCGCGAGGUCUCGCUACAUCCGGAUCAGUGUUCGUUUGUGGUCAACAAAGCCUACGCUCUCAUUUCGAGUUCGGUGAGCUUCUGGAUUCCGGGCGUUGUCAUGCUUGUGAUGUAUUGGCGCAUCUUUAAAGAAGCGGUGCGUCAACGAAAGGCUCUUAGCCGCACUAGUUCCAACAUUCUACUCAAUAGUGUCCACAUGGGCCACACACAGCAGCCCACAAGUCUUAGCUACUUACACCCUAGCGAUUGUGAUUUAAAUGUGGCAUCCACCAGGGAGGAGACGCAUAGUGCUAUUAGCAACUUGGAGGACAUGUUGCAGGCACCCACAGACGAGGACGAUGAUGAUAAAGAGGAAUGCGAUGAGCUGCGUGUGCCCUCGCCCCCACCGCGUCGUCUCAGUCGCAGCAGCAUCGACUUACGUGACCUGGAGCAGGACCGCUACGAGAAAGUCACGCACACAGACAGCGCACCAUCGAUGAUAGCGUUGCAGCUGCAACCGCACAAUCAACUGCAGCCACCAGCGCCGACUUUUGAUCCCCAGAUAUGGGCAGAGGCGCUGCAAACAGCAAAGCGUGUGGCACCAAACAAUGCAACAGCAACACCACCCGCUCCUGUGCCGGUUCCAGCUCCUCUACUGCAACAACAAAGCACUACUAGCGGCAGUGGCACCUCAAUGGAGGGUGGGGCAUAUCGCGUCUUUGGCAUUGGGCUAAACAGCGAUGAGAGUGAGACUAACGACCACUACGACAGCGCAUUGAACCUUCGCCUGAGGGAGCAGCAGCAACAGCAGGCGCCCGCAACACAUCUGCCACUCGCAGAGGACAACAAGGAGCUAAAGCGUCUUAUAGAGGACAACUAUUUGUACUAUAAAAAGCAGACAGGAGGCGGAGCUGAACUGAUGGCAUGCACGGGCAAAUAUCCGGCUCUCAGUGAGUCCGAUUUCAUACGCCUACGAAGUGGUGCAGGUGGUGCAGGCAAUGGAGUGGGCAAAAAGUCCCUCGCCGUGAGUGAUUCAGAGUUUAUAAGAAAUAGCACCAAAGGCAACAGCACAGUGGAGUCGAAAACAAAGCAGGAAAAGGGCUUCAAUCUAAUGUCGCUGCUAGCAAAGACAAAACGCUCCAGCACCGAAUGUUUUUCGCUAGAGAAAAAAAGACAUCAAGCGAAUUCGGAGGAGAUACAACGCAGCACACAUGGUUCAAGCUUCUUCCGGCGUGCACGCAACCGGAAGCUAUCGCACAGCUACAAUGGCAGUGCGGGCGGUGGCGGCAAGGAACGCAAACUUGAGCAACGCGCGCGCCAGCACAGCGACACGGACUCGGAUGUCUACCGGCCACGCGGCCUUCUGGGCGAUAAGCCAGACAUAUUGCUGGAUAUCAAUGUGCUUAGCGAGCAGAGCGGCGUGGGCGUUGGCAACGGAGGAGGCGAGCUCAUAAAGCAAUUCAGCGACGGCGUACAGCUGAUAGACUUCAGUAAUGUAGAUUCAGUUCGUCCACGCAGCGAUGCUUUUGAGGACUUGGCCCAACUUGCCGAAUGCUUUGGCGAGUCCCCCAAGCAUCCGGCAACACCGCCUCCUUCGCUGUCACCACCGUCAAUGCUCGAGGGCAGUUUAUCGAAUGACGCCAAUAUCAAGCCACACUCCGUAGAGCUUCUUGACCAGAACAACAUGCUAAUUGCAUCUAGCUCCGAGCUGGCUGAAAUCUUUCGGUCGCUCAGUUUUCCCGCUGAGCGAGAGCGGGUCAAACAGCGACAGGCACCGCAACGCUUGAGCACGCUGAGCGAUCAGAUUCCGGCAAGCGGAGCGAGCUAUCGUCUGUUGUCCCCACCGAACACGCCCCACAAUGCGGCGCCCACGUCCACAUCGUCGCAGUCGGCGUCCAUCAAUGUGUACUUCCUGUCGCCGCCACCGCAGACAGCGGGCUACACGCCCAGCGAUACAUCAACAGUAUCGCUAGACGUGGUCACCACACUGCCAGUGCCACAGCCCCAACUCCAGUCCCAACAACAGUCCUUGGCACAACAUUCGCAACCUCCCCAGCUAAACAUAUCAUCCAAGCCUGAAAUCAUUCUCGAUUCUACGCUCUCGCCGACUUCACUUCGGAGUCCGGAGGCCGAUGGCGAAGAACGUGACGUAACGUCGCCGCUGUUCAACCGCAAAGAUAGCACAGAUGCGGAUGCAAUUGCAUCCGGUGGCCGUCAACGCUGUAGUAUCCUGACCGGCUACGAUGGUAUCCAGACAGUGCGGAAGCGGCAAGCAUCGGUGGUCACUUAUGAUGUGAAUGUCAUUAAUUUCUCCCAGGAACACAGCGACAGCCGCAGCUACAUUCCAAUGGGGCGUGUGUCUACCAGCUCGGCAAAAGUGCCCGAGUUUUCCAAUAAAUCCUCGCUAAUACGACGCGGUGGCAUUUGCAUCUUUGUUGAUGAAGACGAGGCCGAGAUUAUUGAGCAGAAGCCGCGAGGCAUUAAGUUUGCACCAGCGGUGAGCAAGCGCGCUCCGCCGCCCAAGUGUCCGCUCUGCGGCGCUGAUUUUGUCAGCAACGACACCGACAACAACACCACCAAUAACAACCCUCUAGACGCUGCAGGCAAUGCAAGUAGUAGUCACGCUCACGAACAAGAUCAGCGCACUCGCUCACGCUUCUGGCACAAACGUACGGCGGCAUUUUCAGCAUGUUGGCAGCAGAGUAAGCAGCGGCGGAAGCAACGCUUCAAACCCGGAUGCAGUCACUGUGGCGCAACCGGCGGCUCGGUGCGACCCACAAAAGGUUGGAAGGCCGAGCACAAGGCUGCACGCACUUUGGGCAUUAUCAUGGGCGUAUUUCUGCUCUGCUGGCUUCCCUUCUUCCUAUGGUAUGUCAUCACGUCGCUCUGUGGCUCCGCCUGCCCCUGUCCCGAUGUCCUCGUCGUCGUGCUCUUCUGGAUUGGUUACUUUAACUCGACCCUCAAUCCGCUUAUCUAUGCCUACUUCAAUCGCGAUUUUCGCGAGGCCUUUCGCAACACACUCGAGUGUGUGCUGCCCUGUCUGGAGAAGCGCAAUCCCUACAAUGCAUACUAUGUCUAAGUGUAGAUGGCUAUUGGUUUCCAUAUUAGACAAACUAUCAAAACGUCGUAUUCCGAGCUCCCUGCUCGAAUUGGAAGCAGGAAGCACGAGUAUUAGUGAUAUUUAAUACUUCUUACCUGUAACUCAAGCCAACAGGAAGAGCAUAAACGAAAACGAACACAUGUCAUGCAAACCAUCUACAUAGCUAGUAAAACUUUGAGUUAAGCAAUAAACGAUGUAUGUAUGUGUGUGUACGUGUUAGUAUACCUACAUAUACCGCGUAUUUUCUAUUAUUAAGCAAUGUUAGGGAAUUACUAAAUUUGAACCGUGUGUCCUGCUGCAGCAACAGUAAACGAUGACUAUGUAGAACAUAGGUUAGUUAAAAGCAAUUUAACGAACUGGCAGCUUCCACGGUGUACUCGAAAAAUACUUAAUAUUAAGCCGAAAUAUACGUACGGGAGCCUUUGCUGCAUUUAUAAGAUGCUUGAUCGUGAAUUAAAUUGAAUAAGUUAUAGCCAAAUACCUGGCCACACGAAAUGCUGUAACAUGUUGGCAUUUCUCAUGGUCAGUACGCACUCCAAUGAAGGGAGGGAGGGAGCCUUCAAAAUUAUUUCCCGCAUUGCCUACUGCUCUUCGUUAUGUUUAUACUUGGCAUAUAAUUGUUACAAAUGGAUUGGAAAUAACAUUUUAUUUUCUAAUCCUGCGAGAACCAAUCUUGUACCUACCAUCCCAUCCACGCAAUGAGGCCAUAGAAGAUAAAAUGUUACAGUCGGUAACAGAGGAAUGAAAUGCACAAAAACAAAAAAAGAAGAAGCAAGAAGCAUUAACAGCAUUAACAUUUCGUUGGUUUUUCACAGAGUUUUUUGUUCCGGCAUAAUUUUUGUCAAAGUGCGUUAUAUAAAAAUUCUCGAUUCAGGCAUUCUUUAAAUGCAGUAAUGAGAGUGUAAUAAUACGUUCCCAUAAAUUAAGAAAACAAACCAGAUAGAAUGCUACAGUCUAGUAAGCCCGACAGUGAAAUACCCUGUACCCAGACUAACUUCCGGAACUGAGUGCGCCCCCAGCAGAAGCAAAUAGAAGAAGAUCGAUGUGGGCGUAGUACUGUAGAAAACUAUUUCGCUUAUAACUUUUCCUAAGUCUGACCGAUUUGGGUGAAAUUUAAAACAAGAGUAAAUUAUUAUACAUAUAUUAAUUACGUGUAAAAAGUACAAAUUUUAUGUAGGUUUGGAAUUAUGGACAGGCGUUCAUCCAGACAAACGGAUACACGGAUCUCUUGUCAUGCUGAUAAGGAAUAUGCUACCUUCUCUUUAUUACAUAUUUUGCACAAACCUUUUCACCGUUCGGGUACAGGGUAUACGAAGCAGAAAUAUGUUUGUGGCAAUCCAAUAAUACGAUGUGGCAGUUAAAUUUAAAAAAUAUUUAGUGUAUUUGUAGCAUAAUAAGAAACAAGUACUACAAAGUAUGCGCUCGAUAUAGUACGAAAGAUUACUAUUUAUAGUUUAACACAAUUUACAAAUUAUAGUUUAAAAAUUUUUAAUUUAAUAUUUUAGGUAUCCUGAGCUUAAUGAGAGUUUUAAUUAUAUCAUUCGUUUAAGUACAAUUUGAAAUAAGGGAAAACAGUUGGAAUACUUAAUGAAAUCGAAAACUAUUGAAGCAGUCUAUAUCGAGAGCAUACUCCUGAUAAAAUUCGAAGCUAAAUAACUUUAUAUUUGCAAUCUAAACUGUGUACGGUAAGGAAUUUUCAAGCCGAAUGACAAUCUACGACCCUUAAAUAAAAGCGCCUAACUGACAAAUUUUCAGUUGUUACGCAAAAUUACGAAAUUCGCUUCAAAUUAUGCUCAGUUUGUUUAGUUUUGAUUGGCGUUCAACAACUUUUGUGAUACUUAGU